GCCGGAACUUAUGUUUUGAACAGUAAUCGAACCGUCUUGUGCUUAGACAGCCUCUGUAUCUUCAAUCAAUCAUUAGCAUUGACUACAAGUCCUGACACUAGCCACCCCGAGGAUGUCCCCCAAGGCAAAACCGGAAGGUGUCUGGGCCGACCAGCCCUUCAAGCUCCUCGACACGCCUGGCAAAGACAAGCCCCUCUCCAACCCCGUAAUCUACGUUGCCUCGCACAUGGCCCUUGUGCACAACACCUUCAUUCGCGCCCUUAAUAGCAUAUAUUUGCACGCCCCCCUCAUCGCAACCAGCAACAAGAUCCUCUCGCGCGACCUACUGAGCUACUGCCAGUGCUGGGUGGCGCUGGUGGCCCUGCAUCAUCAGACCGAAGAGAAGUUCCUCUUCUCGGCCUUCGAAGAGCGGAUUCCCGGCGCCAAGGGGGUUCUGGCUGUGAACGUGCAGCAGCACGAAGAGUUCCAUGAUGGCCUAGCUGCAUUUGAGAAAUAUGUCGAUAGUGCUCUAGCGGGGAAGGAGUCGUAUGACUCCGAAAGACUGCUGAAGCUUAUUGAUGGCUUUUCGGAGCCGUUGAUGACGCAUUUCAAUGAUGAGAUAUCGACGCUGAUGCGAUUAGAGGAAACGGGGCAGGGGAAGGAUGUCAUGAAGGUGCACGAGGAGUUUGAGGUGAUUGUGCGGAAGGAUAUUGAUGGGUCAAAAGUCGGCCCAAUGACGCUCCUCAACGCCGACAAGACGUAUGAGGGCGGCAAACAUCCCUUCCCCGUCAUGCCCAAGUUCGUACCCUAUCUGAUCAAGUACCUGGUUUCGCGUAAGUACGCCGGUGCCUGGAAAUUUGGCUCGUGCGAUUACUGGGGGCAGCCGGUCACGCUGUUCAUGAAUACCCUAGAGGGGAAGAAGGCGCUUGCGGUGGCGUAGGUAACUUUGAGUGGGGAAGGGAAGGGAAGGAGAGAAGGGGCGUGGAGGGGGAGGAUUGUACAACUCGGCCGGUGAUGUGGGUUGUACGGGGCUGCUUCCUUGCUUGCUUGCUAUGGCAGCCAGCAUUUUUUCUUGAUGCCUUCGUACGCGCUUACUAUCUGCAUCUCACCUACGGAAUGCCACAGAGUGUAAAUAUUUCACAGCCUUGUCGGUUACAAACCUGUUCGGCAAACUUGAUCAGAAGGAAGACUUUCAGUCUCCUCGAUUCCCAUCCUUGAAUACUUUCUCUCAUAGAUCAAUCAUAGUAAUAGAAGCAGACUUCCAUCUUUC